GUCGGAAAGGAUGGGGUGUGACAUUCUGGCUCAAGUCCCGGGCUCGCUCGUUAUCUCUCGCGCUGGCCCUUCGCUGUGUCCGGCGCGCUGCGCUGCGCCCCAAAGACCAGUGACCCUUCUCCUCGUACAUGCGGCGCCCGCUCUGCCAUGGCCGCACCCGACGCCGCUGCCGGUGAGGCGAACCUCAAUUUCUUCUACGAGUUCGCCACGCUCGACGACUCUCCGCCCGCCGGUGACUUCGUCAAGAUCCGCAGGAUCGCGGAGUGCGGGCCGGACCCGCACGGAGUGAACCAGGGGAGGAUCGAGCUGCACAUGUGGUCGCGAUCGGAGGAGCCCGUGGCCGUGAAGCGGGUGAAGUCCGAUUUCGUGUACAUCAACCGGGGCCGGGAGCCGGACGACCGCAGGAACCACUUCCCGCCGAGGGCCAGCCCCCGGCGCCACCAGGAGGACAUGCUGACCGAGAUAGGCACGUACCGCUACCUGUUCCGAGAGGGCGGCGUGCCGGAGUACAUCCUCCGGAUGCACACGGUGUUCCAGAGGGGCGACGACAUCUGGCUGGUCCUCGAGAAUGCCACCGGCGGCGACCUGUUCAACAGGUGCCUGGAGGUGCACACGGGCGAGGGCCGGGACGCGAUCUCGCAGAGGGUCCGCCGCUGGAUGUGGCAGCUGCUCCAGGCAGUCAGCUACAUGCACGGGCGCGCAGUCGGUCACCGGGAUAUCUCUCUGGAGAACGUGCUCCUCAACGGCGACGAUGUGCGCCUGAUGGACUUCGGGCAGGCCGUGCGAUCCCACUCGGAGGCCGGGCGGGAGCUGCGGUAUUUCCGGUAUUUUGGCCAGGCGGGCAAGGACUACUACCGGCCCUGCAACAUGUACGUGCCAGCGGCUCCCCUCGAGUGGGUGGCGCCCACCGGCAGCAGCGGCGGCCAGGUCGUCUUCUACCCUGGCACGGUGGCGGAUUUCUUCUGCGAGGUGGCUCUGCCGCCGGACGCGGUGCCGGGCGAGCGCUGCACCGUGGAGCCGGCGGGAUACCACGUGCGGCCCGCGGACGUCUUCGCGUGCGCGGUCUGCGCGUUCAUCCUGAGCACGAGCUUGCCGCCCUGGAAGGUGGCGCACCCGAGCGACGGAACCUUCAAGUGGGUCUGCAGGAGCGGCAUCGUGGCGCUGCUGCGGGCCUGGGGCCACGAGCUGGCGCCGGAGGUGGAGGACUUCAUGGCGAGGGCCAUGAACAUGGACGCCUCCCAGCGGCCAACCUCGGACGCCCUCCUCGAGCACGCGUGGUUCGAGCCCAUCAGGCGCGAGGGCGUAGAGGGCACCUAGCUGGGCCGCCCGGGAGGGCAAUGGCGCGGAAGCCGCCGCGCGGAGGCCGGGGUGCGCCGAGGCGGUCUUCUGCGCAGGCAGGGGUGCCCGGCAGCGUGCCGCACGCCGCUCGCUCUCUCCGGCCGCCCCUCCCCCCCCCCCUUCGGGGCGGUGGCCGCCGGUGUUCCCUCUCUCGCUCUCCUUCCCCGGCGGGGCAGGCGUCGACCAGGCAGGAGCCCUGGCUCGGCAGGUAGCGGCACGCAGGAUGCCAGGGCAGGCUAGCCGUCCCAUGUUGCCAAAAGGCCUCGGUCCAGGCGCACAGCCUGCGGUGGCUCACCUGCCUCCUGCUCACGGUCCUCCUCACCCCGCCUCCUCCU